UGUAGGCAGUGCCCUACCGGGAGUGUCCUGUGUGAUAAAAGCACCCAAAAAUCCAGCCCAUUCCUCCCAUUCCCCGUAGAAUGCUCACAAAGUCCCCCGAAUGUCUCUUUGUUCGCUCUGUCUUCGACUAAUUGUCACCUGCGAGUGAAAACAGGACGACCGGACUGUGACUGUGUUCGGCGGCUAGGACUCACCGGCCGUUCAGCCCUCGGUGUGUGUUGUGUGCAUGCCAGCAACACCAUUGGGCAAGCGAAAGGUGAACCCAAAGGCCCCGUGCUCUGCUUGCUUCAUUUAUUUUGUUUAUAUUUUUCCACACCGUACAUAAGCCAAGCGCAAGCGGAAAGGGGAACAGCAGGCAAAAGUAGAGGGGGGGGGGGGGGGUGCUGUGGCACCACGCAACAACAUUUCAACCCUCUCGAUGGCACCAACCCACCACCGCUGCACUACAAUGGCGUCUCGGGCGGUAUCUCGGGGCGUAAGGGAGAUCUCCAUCUCGGUUGCGCUCCGUGCGCGCCCGUACGCCAAUCGCAAUCGCGCUGUCUCGCUCGCCGUUUGCGCGCCACACGGGCGCUCUCGUUCGCUCUCCCAAAAGCGGUUAGGAGCAACGGCAGCAGCAGCAGCAGCACAACACACACUCGCAGCACGCAUUCGAACGAAUCGGUGUAUGGGCGCGAACCCCGGGCGAGACCGAGGGCCAAAAACCCGGCACACCGAUUCGUGGUGCGCGUCGUCGGCAACGCUUUGGUGGCGUUCGCGUCCCAACAGGGCUCUCAUUCACCUUUCGGCAAGGUUUAGGUGAUGAUGUUGCGCUUCGCUCUCCGGUCUGUGCUGCUGCCUGCGUGCUAGAGCCCGGGGAUACACCACCUUGACUAUCCUGUAUAUCGAGCUGGGUGACCUGUGAAUGUGUGCGUUGGUGUAUGUGUGUUGAUGUGUGAUACACAAGUGAUGCUGCAGAGUGACUUCAACGGUGGCGUGUUUCGUUUGAGCGAUUGAUCAAAAUUUUGCUGGGGAAAAAACAAAAUUUUAUUUUUCUCGAUUUUUUCCCCUUUUCCCGAAAACCAUUAGUGUCCUUAUUUUGGGUGCCCUCCGUCGCGCGUUGCCUUUGUGUGUGUGUGUGUGUGUGUUGUUUUGUUAGCAGUUUUACUACAAGUGAUCUCGUGAGUGUAUUUCUUAGAGAAUUUGUUUUACUAUUUUACCAAUGUUACUGUUACUUUGUUCCGUGUGUUGUGAUUUGUGUUCGUUGUGAACGUUUACAAGUACAAGUUGUGAAGCGCCUUUUUGCCACAUUUUUUGCUUGGCCCAUCAUGUUGUGGGUGCGUGCAGGUGGUCCCGCCUGGUUCUGUUACAACGAUUCGGUACUGUGCUGUGUUUCCGUGUGCGCUGUUAACUCCGUGCGCCUCGCUCCGUUGCGAUGGCGCUGAAGAUGCUCUACCGUGGCCCGAGCACCAGACUGGAAACGUUGAUCGAGAAGAUACAGCAAAACACGAACGCUUUCGGUGUCGGCGGCAUGAUUGCGCCCGGUGCAUUGGGUGGUGGUAUCGGUGCAAUGAAGGAGUUUUCCCUCGGACAAGAGCUAUACUCGUCCCACACUUCGUCCAGCUUUUCGCCCUCGAUUUCGGACGGCAUGACAACGCCCAACUCGAUACCCGAGCCAAACGAUGGGCCAACUACGCUCGAUUCGGGCGCCGCCGGUGAAAAGCAGUACCGGAACCAUCACCCGCAUCAUCAGCUGCACCCGCGGCAUGUGCAUCAUCUGCAUCAUCGCCGAGCCGGUGGCAUUGGUGGACAUUCUUCGACCGGCGGCAAGGAAGGUGGUGGCAAGUCGUCCUCGAAACACCAUCAACAGCAUAAUAACAACAACAGUAGUAACCACCACAAUCACAACAAUAACAACAACGGCAAGGGCCUGGGUGGUGGUGCCGGCAGCAGCACCUACCAUUGCCAGUUCUGCGAGAAAACGUUCCCGCGGCUCGGCUAUCUCAAGAAGCACGAACAGAGCCACACGGAGCAUAUGCCAUUCAAAUGUGAGUACUGUGCUCGACUGUUCAAGCACAAACGAUCGCGGGAUCGCCAUACGAAGCUGCAUACCGGCGAUCGACGCUAUCGCUGUCUGCACUGUGAGGCUGCAUUCUCCCGAAGUGAUCAUCUGAAGAUACACAUGAAAACGCACGACAACCAGAAACCGUUCCAGUGUACGAUCUGCAACCGAGGCUACAAUACGGCCGCAGCGCUAACGAGCCAUAUGCAAAAUCACAAGAAGCAGCUGGCCCUGACCGGGAGUCCCAACCUUACGUACAGUCCACGCUCCACCACAAGCUCCCUGUCGAGUGGAGGAGGAAGUGGUGGUGGUGGUAAGCGAGGGGCAAAGUUCUCGCCCUACUCCAACGACCCACUGAUGCUGAUGAGCCGCGGGAACUCCAAACUGUCCUCGUCCCUUUCCAAAGCCGCUAGUAAUCGAACUCCAACACCUGGGAGUACGGCCGGCGGUGGUGGCAAUGCAGCUCUGGGAGGUCUGGGAAGUGGUGCGGGAGGUGGUACCGGCCCCAACCAUCAUCAGCAGGAUCUGCUCUCCUGUCCGUACUGUACGCGGACGGAUUUUGGGACGCUCGAACAGCUCGGGCUCCAUGUGCAGUCGAUGCACGGGCAUGGUGGUGCUGGUGCAUUGGGAUUGCUUGCUGGCGACUCCUCAAUGUCUUACUUCACACCUGCCGGUGGACGACGUGCAGUGACACCCGAUGGGAGCAACGUCCCGCUCUCACUCGGUGGUCUCAGUCCGUAUCCACCGAUUAGCUGCGAGUUCUGCACGAUGAAGUUCCCAACCGUUCCGCUCAUGUUUGCCCAUCUCAAGACGGCUCAUCUGGAUCGGUUGGCUGGCAGUGGUGGUCAUCAAAGAAGCUCACCAUCGAAUGGUACCGGCAGUCCGCUCGGGUCACGUCCUCCCAGUGGGUUCCAUCCGCUAGACCAGCUGCACUUUAACAAGAGCCUGCUUGGAAGUGCUUUCCCCUCCUUCUACGGUGGUGGUGGUGGUGGUGGUGGUUCUUCCAACAGCCUUGCCGGAAUGUCCGGAGGCAGUAUUAAAGCGGAGCGCCGGCUAAUGGCCGAACGUGAUGAAAAUGGAAAUGAAGAAGAAGCGGGAGGUAGAAAGCGGCAGCGCAGAGGAGACGAUGGAGCAGAUGUUAGGGGGAGCAUGUCAAAACGAGACAAGCAGGAAAAGGAGGAGGAACAAGCUAUUGAAGGUGAUGAGGAGGACGAUGAGGAUGAUAAUAAUGAUGUUGAAGGAGAAGAUAAUGAGGGGGGAGAAAGUGAGGCUCAUCGAGCGGACAAUCGAUGUGAGGAGUCCGUUGACUACAAGGAAGAAGCGAUCGAUACGAAGAUCACUCCGAUCAAGCAGGAGCGAAAGGAAGAGCCUGCUGAGGGUGAGCCAUCUCCUUCGACUUCUGCACGAUCGUCUCCCUGUGGUGAUUCCCUGGAGUUGGGAAGUGGACGUCCCAGAAGUCAUCCAUCGGGACGUACAAGUCCAGCAGAGCAACUCACCCCAACAGACCUGAGUCAGCCGAAGGUGAAGCGUCUCAAGCUGGAGACGCCCGAAGAAGACUCACUGACCGACGGGGCGGAUAGGAAGAGGAUGAUGAUGACGGGGUCAGCAGCAUCUGUAAGAUCUCAAACAACUCGCGAGCAUCACAAGCAUCGUGGUCCAGCAACAACCGCAACUGCAACAGGUCGUCGAGAUAGUGAAGCGAAAGACUCACACCUCCAGCACGGCUCACUAAUGCACUCCUCCUCUUCGGGCAGCAAUGUGCAACACUCCCAGCAGAUGGGUGCCCCUAAUUCUUCUGGAUCAUCAUCGCAGCACCACCAUCAACCACCCGGCGCAUACCUCUGCAAUCAAUGCAAUGCCGCACUGCCCGAUUUCGAAUCGUUCCGCACGCACCUCAAGGCACAUCUCGAGCAGAGUGCGGCCAGUGCGGCGGCAGCCGCUGCAAUGCGACUGUCUGGGGAGCAUGCCAACUCGGGCACUUCCGGAGCAUCAUCGUCCCUUUCGCUUACGACCUUCCUCUGUCAGCAGUGUGGUGUAACGUUGAGCUGUCAGGCGGAGUACGAACAGCACACGAUUGGCCAUUUUCUUGUGAUGGCGGUCGAGUACCGUUGUCAGGGGUCAACCAGUACUGCAGGCCCUGCUAGUUGCAGUGGUAAGAGCACCUUUGGCAAGGUGGAGGACCUUCACAAACAUCUGUACGAAGGGCAUAUGCAACUCCUCUACAAGUGUACGGUUUGUGGGGAGAUGUUCGAAUCCAAGGUUCAGGUGCAGGUACACUUUGCCGUGAGUCAUUCAGUGGAGGUGAAGCUGUACCGCUGCUCAGCCUGUGCUGAAGUGUUCCGUUCGGAGCGUGAUUUUAGGCAACACAUUCGAAAUCGCCACCUGACGGCAGGUGCCGUCCAGUGUAUGUUCUGCCGGAUGGUUUGCUCGUCCGAGCUUGAGAUGCACUUCCAUCUUGCGUCACACGCCAGGAAGUACAAAUGUCUAGCCUGCCCAGAGUCGUUCCAUGUGGAGUUUCUGCUCGAUCGGCAUAUUCAAACGCACCACAGCCAGAAGGAGACGUCCUCACCGAACCGAGGCCGAGAGUCGGCCAACGGUGGCCACAACCUGUCAACUACAUCCUCCUGCUCCACCAACUCAACGCCCUCAACGGCCACCGCAGUGUCGUCUACAGCUCAACCGACCUCAACAACAACAACCGUCACCGGACUAGACUACCUUCACCUACACGGACAAAUGGCGGCAAUGGCAGCAGCUGCGGCUUGGCCCACACUGUACCAAACGGCCGCCAACAAGUUCUACAGCAGCAACCCGCUGCAAGUGGACACACUCUCCCAGCUGAAGCAUCCACAGCAACUACUGCACGGUUUCUACGACACCAUGCUCGGUAAAGCGCAACAGCAACAGCAGCAGCGUGGUGCAUUCCUUCCCGAGCCAUCCAGCGGUGGCAAGAAGAACCCCUUCGUUGCUGGCCAUUCACCCAAUGCCAGUGCGAACGCUACUGCUAAUGCACUGCUUGGGCUAGGCUAUGGAGGUGCAUCACUUACUUCAGGAAACUCCCAACAACCAAGAACUUCCACGCUUAAUGGUUCCUCUUCUGGGCUUUACUCCCCCGAGGAAGGUCCUAAUGGUGGGUCGAGUGUGGCCACUAGUAGCUCAAAGCUUUACUCUCCCAUUGCCAUGAUACAGCGGUACGGCGAUGGUGGUGUACUACAAUCCACAGCUGGCGCAGCGCCGCCUACUACUAGCGGUUGCCCUUCCCGCACGGAAUCUCCUACACCGAGUGGGCAACAACUUCUUCUGGCAGCUCACUCCUCGCUAACUUCACUGCCUGAACAUCAUCCCGAACAGCAGCAGUCGAGUAAUCGAAAGACAGCCCAACAGCAGUCAGGUCCUAAGACAUCAUCCGGUACAAUCACACCACAGCUGAUUGCACCCGGCUCGAACAGCUGCUACAGCUGCGGUAUCUGCGAACGGUCCGACUUUAGCACGGAGAGUGAGGUCCAAACUCAUCGCAAGAUUGUGCACAACUUGAAAACGGGCGUUAGUUUGCGAUGUGCGUACUGCAACGGAGACUUCCGGUCGAGGAAUGAGCUCGAGAACCACAUGAAGGUCGCACACAAUACGGGCGGUGGCAAGCACAAGUGUUUGAUCUGUGACGAAAUCUUCCCAUCGCCGGCAGUACUUGCCGAGCAUAAGCUAACGCACUGUAAGGUGGGUGCUUCGGGACGCUGUUCGCACUGCAGUUUGCCCCUGCCCGAUGCUCACACCUUCAAGCAGCAUCUGCCGGCUCAUCAGCAGAUCGGUGGAUCAUCUUCUGGAUCGACAGGAGGAGGCACCACCACGAAUGGCUCCUCAAACGGAGGUACGUCUGGUGCGGGUAACUCCUCCACUGGACAGAGUGCGUCUUCUUCUGCCGGUGCAAAUUCGAGUGGCACGGGAACAAGUUCCAACUCGAAUGCGGAUCAGGAUCGCUUCCCUCAGCAGUGCAUCUGUUGCCGACAAACGCUCAACUCUGAAUUUGAAAUUAGUCUUCAUGCCAAAUUCCACACCAAAACCGCGGAGACUAACGAGCGCACGUGUGCUCUCUGCCUGGAGCCGUUACCUUCACAACCCGAGUCCAACACCAAGAUCUGUGAUCCCUGUCUGAAACGGCACAAUUUCCCAUCGAAGCUCCUAUCGAUGAACUUCCUGAAGCCAGCCACCCCAUCUCUAGUGCCAACACCAACCCACGGUGGAUCAUCUGCAGCCGGUGUUGUUGUACCACCAACUCACGGUACAACCAUUGGUAACAGUGUCGCAGCAGAAGGAAGACCACCACUACCACCACCACCGCCAACAUCCUCGGGAAGUCUUCAACAAGACCCACAACACCCGGGCGGCGUACGGGAUGGUUCAUCCUCUGCACUGUUCCAGUGCAAUCUGUGCAAGAAACCGUUACCCACCGCCCAAAAGCUCCAAGAACAUCUGAUCGAUCAUACGUUCGCGGGCUGUGAGGAGCGCGGCUACGUCUGCUACCUGUGCUCGGCCGUGUUUACCUCCUCGGCCGGACUGCAGACCCAUCUGCCGCUGGCACAUUCUAACGCGGCCGCCAAACCGUACGACUGUGAGCGGUGCGGUGUGGCGUACUUCUUCCGGGCCGAGCUGGAGCACCAUCUGAUCGAUCAUGAGCUGGGCAAGGCGAUAAGGCCCUCCUCCUUUGAGCUAGCGUCGUCCGAUGAGUGGCACACAAUCGUACAACAGCGUUCUCCGAUGGGUGAGGAUGAUGAUGGUGGCCACACAGGCCACAUCAAGCAGGAACAGUGUGAGCCUGAGCAGGAACAGGAUGGAUCAUCAUCACCGUAUCAUCACCAGAAAGAUGAAGAUUCUGAUGAUGGGAACGACUUCCAACAGGCUAGAAACGGAGAGGAAACAAAUGAGGUGGAUAUGGAGCAGGAACAGGAGGACGAGGACAAUGAACAGACUCACGCUGAGGUUAACAAUGGAGGACAAGCUGAACAGGAUGACGAGGAUGGUGUUUGUGAUGAUGCAGCAGUAGGCACUGAAGAGUGUAACGAUGCAGCCGACGAUGAUGAUGACGAUGACGAUGGUGACGUAGAAGAUGAGGAGCACCAGGAACGACAGGAAGAGCAGGAAGAUGAAGAAGAGUACAUUGAGGUAGAGCACACUACGCUGGAUGAUGGUGGACGAGGAGGCAAGCAAGCAAGCGACGAACGGCUCCGUCGAACAUCGAACCUGUUGAUCAAUGGCGGGAAAGAUUGCUCUGCGCUGACUGCUACCACGACGGCAACCACUCUUCCGGUUGUAACGGCUGCUGAGUGAGGAGGACUGGGAAGGAGAAGAACUAUCACUGUUAUCGAUAGGAAUAGAUUAGUAUUUGAGGAAAGUGAGCAAUAAUGAUAGUGAUGGGGGGG